CGUACAUUAUUUUUUAUUAGUCUAAAAGGGAUGUGUUGCGGACCACGAAUAAAGAAUUGCGAAGUAUCCAUGGUAACGCCUUAGAUGGCAUGAGUGAUGAAGGGUAAGGAAUGUUCGAUCGGGUGACAACGUGUGGUGCGUGUGGUCAAGUGUAGCGUGGUGUCAACUGUCGGUCGCAGACUCUGCAUGUUAAGUUCUUUACUUGACAUAAAAUGAGUUCUGCAACUCAAACUGAUCAUGAGUUGAAAAAACUGUUAAACAAUCCAGCUAAAAAUGUCACGGAUGACGCCUCUAUGGCGCCUCCGCUCUCGACGAACGUUCCACGGCCGAGUACGUCUCAAAAUGUUAAUCCACAGUCUGCAAUGAAUCCCAUGCUACCCGCAUUCAGUAAAAAAGAGGUACUUCAACCACGUCUGCAAAAUAUAGUAUCAACAGUUAAUUUAGGAAUGGAAUUAAAACUCAUGUAUAUAAAUACUAGAACGAGAAAUUCGGAAUACAACCCUGCACGUUUCACCGGGCUAAUAAUGCGAAUACGAGAACCAAAAACAACAGCUCUUAUAUUUAGAUCUGGUAAAUUGGUUUGCACUGGAGCACGGUGUGAAGAAGAUUCAUAUCUGGCAGCCAGAAAGUUUGCCAGAAUAAUACAGAAAUUAGGAUUUGCUGUAAAGUUCAUGAACUUCAAGGUUCAUAAUAUUGUUGCAACGUGCGACUUGAAGUUUCCUAUCAAGUUGGAAAACUUAAAUCACAUGCACGGCCAGUUUUCUAGUUACGAACCAGAGCUAUUUCCUGGUUUGGUUUAUCGCAUGGUCUUGCCAAGGGUUGUACUCUUGAUAUUUGUCAAUGGAAAGAUUGUGCUAACUGGUGCCAAAAGUCGUGCGGAAUUGCAAGACGCUCUAACAAAUAUACAUCCAAUUUUGAAGAGUUUUAGAAAACAGUAAAAUACCCGUAGCCACCGACUAUUGUCGUUAAUUUGUUAUCAUAGAGUAAAUUUUGUACAUUAAAAUCAAUUGAAUAAAUCUGUGAUUAUUUGUUAUAAAAUUGAUUGCGUUGAUUAUUGUACUUAUACUUCAUUAGAAUAGGUUGUACGAGAGAAAUUAGAACAGAAUACACGGGAGACGUCGCAGGUGUGUCAACUGUUUUAAAAUAUAUAUUUUCUCAACUUGGAAAAU